UCUCGAGCUGCCAAAGAGUCUGUCACGUACGUCACAGAAGAGGAAAAAGAGGCUUCACAUGUCCCUCCAUCAGCUGUUGCGAACGCUCGUGGAGUCUCAGUUGCUCUUGGUCGGUGCGAGCACAUAAUUCGGGGAGGAAAAAAAUGGCACUGAUGGGAAUCCAGCUGGUGGUCAGUUUGCUGACUGCCAGCAUCAUGCAGAGGAUGGCGCCACAUUGCUCCUUUGCACGUUGGCUCCUAUGCAACGGCAGUCUGUUCCGGUUUAAACAUCCGUCUGAGGGGGAGCUGUGCGCGUUGGCUGGGAAACAGAUGCCCAAAACAAACAGGAGAGACAGGCGACAAAAUGGAGAAAACAAGCCUCUCACCGUGCCCAAAGACAUCGACCUUCACCUAGAGAAAGCUCCAGUCAACGCCAUGGAUGCCCUUGUGCUGCGUUUUUUCCUGGAGUACCAGUGGCUGAUUGACUUUGCCGUCUACGCCACAGGCGUCUUUCUUUUCACCGAGUGUUACUACAGUGUGGUGGAUGCCAGCAAGGAGGUGAACAUUGGCGCCAUUUGGUGUGUCCUCACUGUUUUUUUCAGCAUCAAAGCCCUCCACAUGCUCAUGAGCCACUACUUCCGCUCGGAGGAAGGCGGAGAGCGUUCUGUGUGCCUCGCUUUCGGCUUCCUGUGCCUUUUGGUCGCCAUGCUGGUGCUGGUGGUCCGAGAAGACUACCUGGAGUUUGGCUUGGAAUCGGGCUUUUCCAGUCUCUUCGACAACCUGGAGGUGUUCGCCAAGCAGCAGGGCUACGCCGACUGGUCGGUUCCCGUUACCAAACUGACGGUGAAGCUCGGGUUGGCCGCAUUCUGCGCGUACGUUGGCGCCCUGAUGGCAUUUCCCGGACUGCGCCUGGCUCAGACUCACCUGGACGCCGUGCAGAUGAACUUGGACCGCCCACUCAUCCAGAUUCUGUUGCACAUGAGCUUCCUGUCUCCAGUGGUGGUGUUGAUUCUGUGGGUGAAACCCUUAGCCAGAGACUUCCUCGCCAAAGCCCCUCUGGGGAAAACCUCCAUCACGCUGGUGUCCAGCGAUGCCUUUGACAGCGUGCGGCUGUGGACCGUGGUGUCUCUGUGUGUGCUGCGGCUAGCGUUAACCCGCUACCAUCUGCAGGCCUACCUCAACCUGGCCCCGAAAUGGGUGGAACAAAUGAAGAAGGAAGCCGGACGUAUCGCCGCCAUUGACAUUCAGAGGAAGGUUACACGCGUGUUUUGCUACCUGAGUGUAGUGACUCUACAGUACGUGGUUCCAGUGCUUCUUAUCCUCUUCUCCACGCUGGCCCUCAAGGCACUAGGAGGAUUUUCUUGGGAUGGAGCAAGUGUAGACGUGAACCUCGGCGUAACGCCCGCCUCUCCGUCGCCCACGGCGGCGCCAGUCAUCUCGGGCGCUCUGGACGAAGACGAGGAGUCAUUUGAGGACAUGGAGGAGGACAUCCAGGUCACGGUGGCCCGCCUGUCGGAGAUGUUGGCCGCGCUGCGCUCUGUCCUCACGCCGCUCUUCUUCAGAGGGUUCUUUGCCUUCUUCACCUGGUGGGUGGCAGCCUGUCAGGUGAUCAGCUCGCUUUUCGGCAUCUACUUCCACCAGUACCUCAUGAACAACUAGGACGCAUUUCGGACGCUCCAGAAAUGUUGAUUAUGUCUGCUCAGGUGAGACUGGAGCCGGUCUUCUGGUAUGAAAACACCCACCCAAAAAAAAAAAAAAAAAAAAAAGCAGCAUCUUGCACCUGUUUCGCAACUUUAUGCAACAUUUCAGAAUCAAGCCUGCUGCUUUAAAUGCUGCAUUGAACAUUUGACGUCAUACAAUACUUAAGACCGCCACAUACCUGACAACUCGGCCAAGCAGUUGUUGCAUUUUUAUUUUUUUUCCAUUGCAGUGAGCUUGUGUGCGGGUCAUUUAUCAGGUGUGUCAUUGAGUCACUGAGUAUUUUUGCAUUUUGCUGCAUCGCCUGGUGUCAGUGGCGCGCCCAAGAGAAAACAGAGAAGUCUGCACUGAAACGCUGCUCAACAACAGUAUAUUACUAUGCCAACCCUUUACAAAAGAGUUACUAGGACUUCACAUAGGGAAAAAAAUAUGUAUACACCAUGAGUUGUAAUCGUACUAGAUUGUCUUUUUUUUGGUUUGUUUGUUUGUUUUAAGAGCAGUCUUUAUUUACAGGAAAAAGAUCAUCUUAUGACAACAAAAAUAUUAAUUUCACAAGAAUAGUUAUUUUAGGAUAAGAAAUUAAUUAAAGGAGUAGGCAAAUAAAUGGUUAAAAUCCACACAGUGAUAUGGCUUGUCCAUUUAAACGUUAAAAUAAUCAUUUUCACUUUUACGAUCAGUAUUACAUGAUCAGGAGAAAAAGACACGUAGACAUCUCAGGCAUGCUCUUAAUUAAAUGAUCCCACCUUGUUCUUGUAAUAUGACAUUUUUGGUAUCAGAUAAAAAUACAA